UGGGAAGGAGGGGCUACCUCAGGCCCAGGCAGGGCCCCAGUCACCCCCGAUUCCAGGAAGGCAGGCAGGAGAAGGAGGAAGAGCUGGGGCAGCCUGAAUGCUGUCUCCUUCCCGGGUGAGUACAGAGAACAGACCAACUGCGGAGUGUGGAGAGGAAGAACAGCCACGGCCCCUCGCCGCCGUUCCACUGAAAGGGCACCCAGACGGGAGGCAGGAGCCCCUCGACUCCCUCCGACUUCAUGGCCUUCAAUGAGCUCCUCCUGCAGUUGGGAGGGGUGGGCCGCUUUCAGUGGGCCCAAUUCACCCUGGUGGUCCUCCCCAUGCUUCUGAUGGCCUCCCAUAACACCAUCCAGAACUUCACAGCUGCCAUCCCUUCCCACCACUGCCGCCCACCCCCCAGUGCCAACCUGAGUGGGGACAGCGUGGAGGCUGAGGAGCUGUGGGCAUGGCUGCCCCGGGAUGAGCAGGGCAGGCCGGAAUCGUGUCGCCGCUUUACCAGCCCCCAAAGGGGGCCGCACUGGCCCAAUGGCACAGGGCUCAAUAGGGCCAACGCCACCGAGGCCUGCUUGGAUGGCUGGCUCUACGACCACAGCACCUUCCCCUCCACCAUCGUGACCGAGUGGGACUUGGUUUGCAGUCACAAGGUCCUGCGCCACCUGGGCCAGUCCCUGUACAUGCUGGGAGUGCUCGUCGGUGCUUCUCUGUUUGGGAACCUGGCAGACAGGUUGGGCCGCCGGAAGAUCUUGAUCUGGGUCUAUCUGCAGACAGCCGUGUCGGGCACCUGCUGCGCCUUCUCUUCCAACCUCAGCACCUACUGUGUCUUCCGAUUCCUGAUUGGCGCUUCCCUGGCUGGCAUGGCACUCAACACCAUCACACUGAACACAGAGUGGAUGCCCAUACACACGCGGGCAACGGUGGCUGCUCUGGUCGGCUAUGCCUACAGCAUAGGUCAGUUCGUCCUGGCAGGUUGUGCCUAUGCCGUCCCUCACUGGCGCUGGCUGCAGCUCCUCACCUCCCUGCCCUUCUUCAUCUUCUUCCUGUACUCCUGGUUCUUCAUUGAAUCUGCACGAUGGCAUGCCUCUACUGGCAGACUGGACCUCACUCUCCAGGCUCUGAAGAAGGUGGCCUGGAUCAAUGGAAAGCAAGAAGAAGGGGAAAAACUAAACAUAGAGGCGCUCCAAAUAAAAUUGCACAAGGAGAUGACCUUAGGCAAGAGCAGACACACCACCCUGGACUUGGUGCGCUUACCAACCCUGAGAUGCCUCUUCUGCUGCCUCUCCCUGAUGUGGUUUGCUACCAGCUUUGCCUACUAUGGGCUGGUCAUGGACCUGCAGUAUUUUGGAACCAACAUCUACCUUACCCAAGUGAUCUUUGGGGUGGUAGAUUUGCCAGCCAAACUCAUAGGCUUCCUAAUCACUAACUACAUUGGCCGGCGCCCUGCACAAAUGGCCUCCCUGCUGCUGGCUGGCAUUUCCAUCUUGGUCAAUGCAUUGGUGCCAAAAGACUGGGGAAUCACAAGGACCUCCCUGGCAGUCCUGGGGAAGGGUUGUCUGGCUUCCUCCUUCAACUGUGCCUUCCUGUAUACUGGGGAGCUCUAUCCCACGGUGAUUCGGCAGACAGGGCUGGGCAUGGGCAGCAUGAUGGCCCGGGUGGGCAGCAUCAUGAGCCCUCUGGUGAAUAUGACUGGGGAGUUCUACCCUGCCUUACCCUCUCUCAUCUAUGGAGCUGUCCCCAUUGCUGGUGGUGUUGUCACCUUCUUUCUGCCUGAGACACUCAACAUGCCUUUGCCAGAAAGUGUGGAGGACCUGAAAGCGAGGAGUCACAGGAAGAAGGAGAAGGAGGAAGCAGAGGAGCAGACGAUCCCCCUGCAGACCCUGGGGAAAAAUGGGCUCCAAGGAUGACAGGAAGUUGGACAUCAGAGAGUCCCAUCCACUUCCUCUCUCUUCUCCCUACUCCCCAGCAACUGGGGCUAUUUCAGAUGGAGCCUGAAGCUUUCCAGGACGGGGCUGGACAGGACCAUGAGUGAAGAGGAAAACCAAAGGUCCCUGAGCCUGGAAGAGGGCGAAUCCUGCCCCUCCUCCAGCUCCACUUCCUCCCCAUUGCCCAGAUGCCAUCCUGGGCCCCAUUAUUAAAACGUUUGCCUUCG